AUGAAAGACGAGACGUCAACCGCGAGGACGACUUCGCGUCAGUCCAGCCGGUUGUCCGCUCGUCUUCGGCUGCCAGGUGUGUUUUGCGCCCACUUCCACUUCCUCUGCUUCUUCGUCUCGCGUCUUGGCUUCUCCAACGCUGAUGCUUCUAGACUUCUUCCGACAGUCAUCACUGACGCCGCUUGGGCACCGAGUAACGGUUCCCGCGAGGCUCGGCAUUCCGCGACAGACGCGUCGCCGCGGCACAGCCCGGUGCGCGCCAAUACGCCACCAUGGUGCAGCCAGGCGAGCACGCGCCCUUCUCUCUUUUCGAAUCAGCCGGGGGCGAAUCUCUCUUUGGCCUCCCUGUCCCGAGUAAAUGGGGGCACGACAGCGUGCGGGAAAGAUCCGUUGCCUCUAGGUGGACUAGAUCGACUCCGCAGCGAUGGCGGAGACCGGCUGCGACAAGUUUGUUUCUUGCCGAUUGUGACUCGCGGCACGUGCACCGUCACACUGGCUAGGUCUGGGAUGUGCAGGUGCCAUGGCAGCCCGCGGGCAGCGGGGCGAACGCUGUCCGCACUGACCAACAGCAGACGAACGUUUUUUUCGACGCAAGGCCGCCGGCGUGCUGCUGAGCGACCGCGAGAGAGCUUAGUGCUUUCGAGUUUUCUAGCGCCGCCGCACUCGGAUUCGGAGAGAGUCGGCGACGCGGCGGAAGCGGGUACCGAGAUAUCCGAACCCGUUGAGUCGCUAGACACAGAGCCCGACGCCAGUGAACCUUGCCUCAGCGGCGUCGAACUCUCCGGAACUGAGGAAAAUCCAUCAAUGACUGAAGAGGAACGCGUGGAAAGUGUCGGUUCGCCCCCCGUAUCUCCUGCGGGGGAAGUUUCAAGCCAGGCCGAAGGCCGCCGUCUCCUCCACUUCCGCCUCCGAGUGCGAAACCUGGAAAAAAUGCUGAGGUUCUACACUGAAGUCCUGGGCAUGCAUGUACUGGGCUAUGGCUUCACGCCUGCAGCUCAGAAAGACUCGGCGGCCGCGAGCACGAGCCCCGUAACUCAGGAACAAACGGUGGGGCGUCACAAACCGGCCGAUCGGGAGGCAGGACACAGCGAUGACGCUGGCGCUGCGGCGACGGACGCAGCUUCAGCCAAGUCCUCGCUUCGUCAGUCUCCGCCGCGCCCUGAUGACAGCGAAGGGACUGGCGGAGAGGCGCAGGCGGAUUCAGGCGAGAGCUCUCUGACCGGCAACACUGCAAAGUUCUCAGAUGCCUGCCUGUCCAAGGAAUCGAAAAUUGUAGAUCCAAACGCAGCUACACUCGACAUACGGGAUGAGGAUGUCCAGCGAGAGACAGUGGAGGAUCUCAUUGCGCAGCACCGAAGGGAGACGUCACUUCAUCCUCCGCACGUUUCGAUCGGGAAGCAGGAGGGCGGGAAAGGCGCGACCACCACGGCUGCGUUACGAAGAGCCGCGGAAGCUGCUGAAAACGCAGGCCCUGUCACCGUUGUGUUGCUGGGCUAUCCACCUUCCGAGUCCGACGCCUCGUCCGCGUCUUGCGACCUCGACACUUUGAAGAUCGAGCUCGUCCACGUGCCGCUCGUGGCAGAUCUUUUGGAGCGUCUCGACUCCCAAGUCCAGUCGGAAGAUGAGACAGAAGCGAAUAAAUUCCUCCAUAUCCUCAAGCAGCACAUGAUGGGGCUAUCGAAGGACCUUCCCACAAUCAAUCGCGCCAGAGAGUUCGAGCGUCGCCGGAAUCGCCACGAUCGAGGAUUUCACGGUUUUCUGGGCGUCACCGUGUGCCUCCCCUCCCUCGAUGACAUCACACACGAAACUGUCGAGGCACGCGGCGGCCGCCUAUUCCAGCUUCCAGCCCAGCGGAAACUCGUGCCCUCAAUGAUUCCGGACGAGCACGCGCGGAAGGACAUUUGGCUGCGAUGCGCCUAUCUGCUCGAUCCGGAAGGAAAUGGCAUUGAACUGGUUGAGGCUCGCGAAGACAGCUCGGUCGGUCUUGAUCCUGCCGCCGUGAUGCGCGAGCACCAGCAUCUCCAGUCUUGGGAGGCAUACAUGCAUGACCAAGAGAGAGAUGUGAGAAUUCAAGAGGUUAAGCGCCAAAUUCACUUGCUGAGUGAGCGGAUCGCGAAACAGGAGAGGUCACACCCAGCAGGGACUUACCGAGUCCCCAGGAAGGGCGACGAGGAUCUAGGGAGAGUAGGCACCGGCGCAGCAGACACUGACGCCGCCGCUGCAACAGAGGACGCAUCCGAACGGCAACGUGGGGCGGAGGCAGGCACCCAAGAGGACAGCGACAGGGGGACAAACAGCGGAACCGCUAAGGGAGAAGACAAUUCCCUUGAAGGGGAGGAGGAAGCACUGCGGAAAGCACUGAAUAUCAAGUCCGUGGGCGCUCCCAAGACUCCGCAGGAGCAACUGGAGAUUCUGCAGGACGCCCUGGAGGCCAUGCAGGCACAGGAAGCCACACGGCCUCGCCAACCAUUUGUUCAGCUUCCGCCUUCCAGAGGCCCUUUUCUUCAAAAGGUGCGAGCCUACACGUCACGCAUAUUAUUUGCAGAUCAGUUCUACUGCAAGCAAUUGAAGAUGAAGGCUGUCAGGUACAAAAGCCACCUUUUCGAACGGCUCUACCCUUGGUCUCGAUUUGCGGGGGUAAGCAAAACUUUCGGAUGCCCCAUGGCCCUCGACGCAGCGAUUCAGCGAGCGGCGGAGAGCCCAGCGGCCGAUCAGGCGGCGGACGCGGGGAUUGAAGAAUUCGCGUCCAUGGAGAAGUUCGCGCAAGGAGGUGAUAGUAUGUCCCUCCCAGCCGAGUGGGAAAGCGAGAGUUCCACGGAACCUGCAAAAGCUGCAAGAAAGGUUUAUGCUACGGAAGUCGCCGAACGAAAGGUUCCCCAACUCGAACUCAUUUAUGCUUUCGACGAGGAUCUGAUCCGCAUUCAUCCGUGCUUCGGCUAUCUGGCAGUGGGUGUCGACGACGUCUCGAGUGCAGUAGCGACACUUCAAGCCAACGCUCGUAUGCGAAAACAGAGGAACAAGAGAAAAAACGACGAGGACGACGACGGUGAUGAUGAGGACGAUGACGAAGCAACCACAGAAGCGUGCCGCACUAGCACCGGAGGAGACUGCAGUACGACGGCGCCUUCUUCACAAGGCGAAACUGUAUCAGGCGAACAGGUAGAGGCGACAGCGACGGCCAUCCGGAACAAGUUGAAAGCAGCGGGCUUUUCACUGGAUCGGGCCAUGGUUGAGGACAGAGACGGCUACCCGAUUUUGCUCGUCAGCAACGAGUACGCCCAGCGUUACUAUGCAGACUUACACGAGAAUCUUCGUCGGCACCAGGAAGUUCUUCAAAAAGGUACAAACGGAAGAGAGUGA